AUGUCUAGUUUAAGUGAACCCGGUACAACUUGGUAUUUCUCAAGUGAUGAACAGGAACCAUUCUCAGAAUUACCCCUAAGAAAUUGUACACCAGAUCAAAUACAAGCGAAACUGGAAUAUUUAGAAAAAAAUAUUUUGUUACUUAGAUGCGAAUGCGAAGUAAUAGAAUUAAAUUCGAUAAAAGCACAACCCGAGCUGGCCGCUAUAAACACAAUUGAUGUGUCGUGGAUGCCCUACGAUUUCAAUGCUGAAGAACGUCUUGCAGCAGUAGUCGUUCCUAAAGUUUCAAGAGUAUCUAGAGAAAAGAUUCGCCAGUCCGUUAUUUUAUCGAAAUCGAAUAAGUCUGUUUUUGGCAGCAUGUAUAGUGUUGUUAGUAGGGCGAUUAAAUUGAAUAAGAUAUCAAUACACCAAGUGAUUGCCGAGGUAGAGAAAGCCUUAAUAACUAUGGAUGAAUAUUUCGAUAAAAUGAACAAUCAGAUGAUUAAGAGCCUCGAUAAAAUUGAAAACGAAACUGACAACGUUGAGCUCGAAAUUAAUAGACAACUUCAAUACGCUGAAACCUAUUGGGAGAACGUCUUGGUGGCUGGCGUUAACAGAUUAACCAAACGCAUACCGGCCGAUAAAUAUCAGAAAUUUAUAAAAAAAAAGUUGAUGACAUCCACAAUAUAUCUGAACGAUCUUCAAUUCAAAAUAACCGAUGCUAAGACCGAGGAGCAGACGUUGCACGAAAGAUACGUGACUUCGAAAAAUAUUCGGGACACGGUUUUCGAAACGGACAUGCAUAACGUGAGGAUGAUGAACAAAAAGCUACUGAAAGGACAAACCGAAUUGAUAGCAAAAAAUAUUGAACUUAAGCAGCACCUAAGUGUUAUUCGUCAAAAUUAUUUAAAGAAAAAAUAUGAUUCGGAAAAAUUCGAACUUAAUUUAGACUUACCAUCAUUGGACGCAGAAAUCAAACAUUAUAGGAAGAAAUUACUAAAAGUAACACCGAAGGUGGGCAAGUAA